CGGUACAUCCCGAGGAUGCUGCGCCGCCGCGGAGCCUUCACGGUGCAGCCGCUCCGUGCUGACCCCGAUGGUCCCUGGGACUCGGCCGAGAGCUGCAUCGUGCGCACCUCCGCCAGCGUCUACCGCCGGCUGCAGGAGAGCCCGCGGCAGCCCCGGCGGGGAAUGAGCAGCCGGGAACCCCCCAGCAGCCCCCCGGCCGUCGGGAGGCUCCUCAAGUCCGAGUCUGAGGAUUCCGGCGUGGAGAUGGCCAGCAACGAGCACUCGCCCUGCGCCCCGCUGGGCUCCGAGAGCCGCUUCUCCCUGGACGCUUUUUCGGGGGAGCAGCGCCCCGGAGAGGAGCAGCGCCCCGGAGAGGAGCAGCCCCCCCGGAGCCGCUCUGCCAGCCGGAGGCUGCUGCAGGCAGCGCAGCGGAGCAGGAGGCAGCGCUGCCCGCGACAGCUCAGCCGGCGCAGCGCCAGCGCCGCCGACCUGGUCGAGCCCCCCCGGGACCCCGAGGAGACCGAGGGGGCUGCGGAGGGGCCUCCUCGGGACCCCCGGGCCGUGCCCGAGGUGUCGGGGCAGGGGCUGCGCUACCUGGAGCACGUGUGCCAGAUGCUGGAGCGCCUGGCGCGGCUGCAGCAGGACAACCGCGCCCUCCGGCAGCAGGCGGCCGUGGCCCGCACGGCCACCCUGCCCAGCCGGCAGCACCCGAGGCAGGAUUUGGGCACCUGGAGGGGUGAGGGGUUCCGGCAGCGCUCCUGCUCCGACAGCCAGGCGCCAGCAGCCGAGCCCGGGCCGUGCCGGCGGUUGUGGGGACACUCGGUCAGCUCCCCCAGCCUGCUGGAGCCCGCCGAGGGCGGCGGGGCUGUCCCGGCACCGGACAAGGACGGGCGCUCGCACUGGGGCCGGGUGAAGGUGCUGCUCACCCGCCUCACCCGCCGCUCCCUGCGCGGCGGCCGCUGCAGGUAG